AUGCACCAAGAAACACUGCAUUAUUAUAAUCUGUGGAAACUUGCUGUCCAAGAAAGAGACGAAGCAAAGGAACAACUGAUGCAGUCACUCGCCGAAGCCUCUCAGUUACGGCAACUCUUCGACACCUUACUGUCGUACGAAGAACAAAUACGCUGUCAUCAGCCAGAAGCCAAAGAUGAGAAUACUCAAAACUGUAAUCACACUCACUUCCCCGUAGAUUCUCCGUCGCGGCUCUCCUCUCCAUCGCCGUUGGAUUUUGGCUCGAGUGUUUAUUCAUCGCCGUUCGAUCCCACCUUCCCGUCGAGUCAGAUGCGUGUUGUUGCUGAGAAGACGAGGGAUUACGAGACAGUCGUGCUGGAGAUGAUCGGUGGAGUGUUGCCGGAGAACGGUAAGUUUUUUAAGGCGGUUAGUGAAGCUGGAUCGUUGGUCGAGUCAAUGUUCGUAACCGGUCCGGUUCCGAAAUGGAAAAAUCCUCCGGUUCUGUUGUCGAGUCAAAUAACGGUUUUAAGUAAUAGUAACGCUGGGAAUUGGAAUUACGGUGGUUUGGAGUUUGGUUUGGGGAUCCCAGACCGGUCUUCUUCAGGCAAAAUGUCACAGUUCGGUUUGAUGUCUUAA